GCAGCUCUAAACCGAAUCAUGUGUGGGAAACGCAAUGCGUAUUUUUGCCUUUGUGCACUGCUCUUGCUGCUGCUGCUGGGAAACUCCAUUGACGUCACGCUGGCCAAGCGUUUGCCCCAUAAACAGUUUGAGCAACGCAUUGUGGGUGGCCAGGAGGCAGCAGAGGGCGCGGCACCUUAUCAGGUAUCCAUACAAACGAGCUGGCAAACGCAUUUCUGUGGUGGCGCCAUCAUUGCCGAUCGCUGGAUACUUACCGCCGGCCAUUGUGCCAAUGAUUUUCCAGUGGAGGAGCUGCGCAUCAUCGUGGGCACCAAUGAGCGACUGCAGCCGGGCCAGGUGUUGCAUGUAAAGCAGGCGCUGAUUCAUAAGCUAUAUGAUAUACCUCAAGAGUAUGCCAAUGAUAUAGGCCUGCUGCAGCUGAAUGAUUCCAUAAUCUUUAAUGAGCGCACCCGCGCUAUAGAAUUGGGCUCUGAACAGCCGCCAGAUGGCGCCAUUGUAACGCUAACCGGCUGGGGUGCACCUGGACUCAAUUUGCCUGUUAUGGAACGUUUGCAAACGCUGAAUCUAAAUGUCUUGGCGCAUGAGAAGUGCCUAGCAGCUUGGGCAGAUGACGAUGAUGAAGUGGAUAUUGGUCAUCUUUGCACGUUUACUAAGCGUGGUGAGGGCGCUUGUAACGGCGACUCUGGUGGUCCAGUUACCUGGCAAGGCAAGAUCGUGGGCGUCGUAAAUUGGGGCGCUGCCUGCGCUGUGGGCAAACCAGAUAUGCACGCCAAUACUGUUUACUACCAAGACUGGAUACGCCGCACCAUGUCUGGCUGCAAGCAGCGCGUUAAUUAAAUGUUACAAUAAAACUAUAAAAAUAUAAA